ACUCCAUAGGCCCAGAUAAAUUACCCCACAGUCGCACCACAGUUGGGUAGUAGCCACCACUCACGAGAAGGUUCAUCUCUCUCGCGUUAUCGUAUCUUCUUCUCAAUCACAGAAAUGGAAGCCGCACUGGCAGCUAUGGCCGCCCACACCCUCAUCCUCUCUCCUCCCCACAUCUCCUCAAACCCUCACCACCCUCCUCCACUCCUCCGCUCCUCCUCCUCCUUCCUCAACGGCCCCUCCCUCAAGCUCCCCCGCCAAUCUCUAACCUUCUCCCUCUCCGCCAAACCACUCACUAUUGUCUCCGCCGCAAAGAAAGCCGUCGUUGUCCUCAAGGGUACCUCCAGUGUCGAAGGGGUCGCGACGCUGACUCAAGAAGAAAACGGUCCCACAACUGUGAAUGUUCGUAUCACUGGGCUUACUCCGGGGCCUCAUGGCUUCCACCUACAUGAGUAUGGGGACACAACAAAUGGAUGCAUCUCAACAGGAGCACAUUUUAAUCCUACCAAAAUGACUCAUGGUGCUCCUGAGGAUGAAGUCCGUCAUGCGGGUGACCUGGGAAACAUAGUUGCCAAUGCCGAUGGGGUGGCAGAGGCAACAAUUGUGGAUAGCCAGAUACCAUUAACUGGUCCUAAUGCAGUUAUUGGAAGAGCCCUUGUGGUUCAUGAGCUUGAGGAUGACCUUGGAAAAGGUGGACAUGAACUUAGUCUGACCACCGGCAAUGCAGGUGGAAGGUUGGCAUGCGGUGUGGUUGGUUUGACUCCAGUGUAAUAGCAGCUCUUGCUUGGAAAGCACUCUGUUCUCUAAUAAGGUAUUGGCUGCUUGCAAAGCCAUCAUCAGUGUAAAAUAAAAUUGAGGAGACAGCUGGUGUUAGUUUUGUACUGAAUUGCAGAUUUUCAUCCGCUUUAAAUAUAUUUCCUAUUCAACAAACUUGAUGUUAUUUGUUACUUAUGUUUGAAUGCAUUUGAGUUGGAGUAA